AUGCAACAAAUUGUCAAAACAGAGCAACACCUCCGCCGAAUAAUUGAUUUAAUGCAAACAGUAUCUGCGACCACCGCGAGUAUGGUCAUUACAGUUUACAAGAAUAAUAGUCAAAUGAUUCGUUAUGAAUCAAAUUGGAAAUCCCAAAUCAAAACAACAAACCCUCACCUUAAGACCAAAGUCACGGCCUUGCAGCCAGUGUUGGAAGAGACCAAACUUGUUCUAGCUGAUGAAAGGAAUACGUUCAAAGAAAGAGUUAGUCCUUCGUAUGCUAUGGAACUUGCUUCACACAUUUUUUCCAUGUGGAACGACAGUUUGACAAUUAUCGACAACCUUUCAACAGAGUCUUUAAUUCUCUCGCUGCUGUACGUCAUCUUCAAUUCAAUGCGACACCCAGUGUUCAAGCUUUUCAAAGAUGCUGUGGUUACUAAGUGCAUCAAACAACAACACAUCGGCGACUGUUUUGGUGUUUUUUGUAAAUUGAAGAAGUUGUCCGUACACACCCUUCAAUACACCUCUCGUGCACUCUCUCGCCUCGGAUCCCCCUCCUUAAAUAUCACCAAUCUUUCUGGACAGGUUUGUGAUUGUGAGAAAAUGACAACUUUACUAUAUUCUAUUAUAAAAAUAUCAUUAUCUAUAGAACACUAUUUUAUUGUAUCAUAA